AUGGAUGAAUACCCGCGUGUAGGUAUCUCUGUGCCUGUGGCUGAGCUGCGGAUAGCAAACGGGAAGCAGGAGGUGGCAAGGAGCCACAGACAGCGUCCCAACCAGGCAAGUUACAUUGGAGAGCUCCCUGUGAGCGCUGGAGCUAGCAGCCUAGGCCUGAAUUCAAUUCAAUUCAUGGCUGUUGAUGCCACGCCUUGGACACCUGGGUUCUCGAUACCCAAGUCUCCAUCUCCGCCAUGGCCAGAGAGCAAAGACAAAAACACCUCAACAUCAACUGCCAAUCUUUCCGUACCGAGUUGCCGAAGCCGCACCGCAAAGGACCGCAGGCUCCGUCCGCACCGAGCCACAGGCCGCGAAUACCGCUCGCUCGCUGCAGAGGUCACGGCACCGAACAAUACGAAACCCCUGUGCUGUGGUCGAAUACGAGGCACAAAAGAUGACCGCGUGUGGGCUGCUGCUCGUACGGCAAAGCGUGCUAGUAACCCUCGGCCACGGCCAGUGUGGCUCAACCGCCCAAUGGCGCCCAAGAGCCCAGCGCACGUCGCCGUUCCUUUGACGAUUUGGACGGCCGUGGAUCCAGAGCUGCAUCUCGGACAUGUGCCCACCCACACACGCACAUUCGCUUCGGCCUGCGCUAUGCCGCUCGGGGCAUGUAUCAUGGAUUGGCCUGGACGACUAGCCUCGUCCGACUGA